AUGAUAGCAUUUGAAAUGAGCAAUCAAACAGAUGUCACCGAAUUCAUCUUCUUGGGAUUUUCCAACCAUCCCAGCCUACAGGGGAUGUUCUUCCUGAUCUUCUUGCUCAUUUACCUGACAACACUCCUGGGGAACAUAUUCAUAAUAACAGCCACCAGGGUCAGUCCUGCCCUCCACACCCCAAUGUAUUAUUUCCUCAGCAACCUGAGUUUCUUGGACAUCUGCUAUUCAUCCACCACCGUCCCAGUCAUGCUGGUGAACUUCUUCCGGGAGAAGAAGACCAUCUCCUACGAGGGCUGCCUGUCCCAGAUUUUCUUCCUCGUGACGUGUGCUGGUACUGAGGGUGUCUUAUUGGCGGCUAUGGCGUAUGACCGCUAUGUUGCCAUUUGCCAGCCUCUUCAAUAUCCAGUCCUCAUGAGUGUGAAAGUCUGUGUUUGUCUGGUGUCUGGGUCCUGGCUGUGUGGGCUGGUGAAUUCUAUGGCGCACACAGUGCUGGCAGCCACACUCACUCUGUGUGGGCCCAACCAUAUCAGCCACUAUCUCUGUGACAUCCCAUUGCUCCUGGCGCUCUCGUGCUCAGACACCUCUCUCAACGAGGCUGUGCUGCAUGUGGCCAGCAUCACCAUUGGCCUGAGCCCCUGGCUGUUCACCACAGUGUCCUACAUACUCAUCAUCUCAGCCAUCCUUAGGAUUCCCUCUGCUCAGGGCAGGAACAAGGCCUUCUCGACCUGUGCUUCCCACCUCACUGUGGUGGUGGUCUUCUUUGGAACAGCCAACGUCAACUAUGGCAAGCCCAGUGCGGGCUACAGCCUGGACAUGGACAUCCUGGUCUCUGUGCUCUUCUGUGUUAUAACCCCCAUGUUCAACCCUGUCAUUUACAGCCUGAGAAACAAGGAGGUGAAGGGUGCCUUGAGGAAGCUGGCUGGGGGAUGCGUGUUCCCUGGCCAUACUAAGGUUUAG